UUAUUAUUUGAUUCCAUUCCCAUUUCACACAAUUCCAAAAAAAUUCAACUGAUGAGAAGAAUUUUAGGAAAAAAGAAGAGCGAGAGAAAGAAAUUAUGUAAACCAAAGUAUCUGUUUUGGUUCUAUUUAUUCCCUUUUCAAACCCUAAUUCUGGAUUAUUUCAUUCUUCUUCUUCUUCAUAUCAAUUACAGAUUCAGGUAAUGCAUCGAAUGGAUUAGUUUAUCCGUACCUGAAUAACCCUAGUGUUCUGACGUUUUAUGUAAUCAGAGGUUUGUUAUGGGGCAAUUUUUUAGUGCAGCCUCGACCAAGGUUGGGUCGACAGAGGGCAAUGAGGUUCCAGGAUGUGAAAUGUGCAAGAGGCAAAGGAUGUCUUCGUUCACUGAUGGGGAGAAUCCAAGACUGAUUCCUACUCUCCCUGAUGAAAUUUCUAUUCAGGUUCUUGCUAGAUUACCAAGAAUUUAUUAUUUGAAGGGAAAAGCAGUGUCAAGAAGCUGGAGAAGUGCUAUCAUGAGUUCUGAACUCUAUGAUUUGAGAAAAGAAUUUGGGAAAACGGAAGAAUGGCUGUAUAUACUGACUAAGGUUGAAGAUGAUAAGCUCUCAUGGCAUGCUUUUGAUCCUUGGUCCCAAGCCUGGCAGAGGUUGCCCCCAAUGCCUGAUAUUGCUUACGGCGAGGAGGACAAGAGAGUCUUCUCUGGGCUUGCAGAUGUUCUUAGAUCCUGGUUAGGGCGAAUAUGCCCGUUAGAUCGAUUGCCAUUCUGUGGUUGUGCCAUUGGGGCUGUUGAUGGCUGCCUCUAUGUCUUAGGUGGAUUCUCGAAGGCCUCAGCUGUGAAAUGUGUUUGGCGUUUUGAUCCUAUUUUGAAUAGUUGGAGCGAAGUGGAAUCUAUGUCUGUAGGUAGGGCAUAUUGUAAGACGGGUAUAUUGAACAACAAACUAUUUGUUGUAGGAGGCGUUAGUAGGGGUCGAGGUGGUUUGACUCCUCUUCAAUCUGCUGAGGUUUUAGAUCCUUGUACAGGAAUAUGGUCAGAAGUACCAAGCAUGCCGUUUUCAAGAGCUCAGAUGUUACCAACUGCAUUUUUAGCUGACAUGCUAAAACCCAUUGCAACAGGAAUGACUUCAUAUCGAGGGAAAUUAUAUGUUCCCCAAAGUCUCUACUCGUGGCCCUUUUUUGUCGACGUUGGGGGCGAGAUUUACGACCCUUCGACAAAUUCGUGGUCGGAAAUGCCUAGUGGUAUGGGAGAAGGUUGGCCUGCUAGGCAGGCUGGCACGAAACUUAGUGUCGUGGUAGAUGGAGAACUAUAUGCUUUGGAUCCAUCUACUUCCCUAGAUAGUGGUAAAAUCAAGAUCUAUGAUCAUCAAGAGGAUGUUUGGAAGGUUGUUAUCGGCAAGGUCCCUAUUCAGGAUUUCGCUGAUUCCGAAUCUCCGUACCUACUUGCUGGUUUUCUUGGAAAGCUUCAUGUUAUCACUAAAGAUGCCAGUCACGACAUUGUAAUAAUGCAGGCCGACCCUAAUCACCAGCUUGAUUCUGUCAGCUCACAAUCUUCAGCUAGCUCCUCGUCGUCCUCCCAAGAUCAACCGGAAUCAUCAGAAGAAGUAGAACCUGAUGUUUGGAGGAUCAUAUGUAGUAGGAAUUUUGGGUCUGCCGAACUAGUCAGCUGUCAGGUUCUUGAUAUAUAACACGUAGUUCCAGUCAAUAUCAAAUCUCUCCAGUAUCUAUUUUGGGAAUCAAAUUAUUGCACCCAUUUGCCUUUCUUCAGGAUAGUACCCUUAUAAAAUAGUACCCAGUCGUAAGACGUAUAGUGUGCAGCUAGUAUGAAAUUUUUGUGAGCUAGACUCUUGGUGCCGAGGAUAUAUUGAAGUAUGAUAGGAUAUUGGUCAAUCACUUACCGUUUCUGCAGCCCUGAAAGGUAUUGUGUAAGUUGUUUUAAAUGUAUCUUGUGUUUAUCAUCUGUCUUGAUAAAAUAUCACAGUUUAUAUUGGUUUUGUUUGAUUGCCGUUGUAAGUCUUUUAUUUAUUCUUGUUUGUUCUUUCUCAUGUAUGUAACCAAUAAAAUCUCAAGAUGAAUAAAUCCCAAAAUGUAUUUUGCCCGUUUCUCAUAAAAAUAGGAAUGUUACACGAA